AUUCCUGAUUUCAGCAAAAAUCGCUCAAACAGCUAAGAGAUUUUUGAAAACAGGAAUCAUGGAACAAUUGGAUUUUUAACGAUUAUAUGAACCCCUAGUGUCGUAGAAAUUUCAUUAUGAGUUCUUAUGGAUCACAAGGAGACUCGAUCCGGGAACUCAAAGUCUGUCUUUUAGGGGAUGCUGGUGUAGGAAAAUCUUGUCUCGUUCAUAGAUUUGUUUCAGAUACGUUCAAUGCUGCUUCUCCACCAACCAUUGGGGCAGCGUUUAUGACCAAGAUGAUGAUAAUUGAUGAAAAUGCAUUCAAAUUUAAUAUUUGGGAUACUGCAGGACAAGAAAGGUUUAAAAGUCUUGCUCCUCUGUAUUACCGAGAUGCGGCAGCUGCUAUCCUGGUUUAUGACAUUACUUCUGAUCCUACUUUUCAUGCAUUACGGCCCUGGAUCAGAGAACUACAGCGAUAUGGACCACCAGAUAUUGUCAUAGCAAUUGCUGGAAAUAAAUGUGAUAAAGCUGAACAAAGAGAAGUGUCAACACACGAAGCUCAAGAGUUCGCAAACAGUGUUGAUGCUAUAUUCGCAGAAACUAGUGCUCUCACCUCACUCAAUGUGCAUUUCCUUUUUGAAGAAUUAUGUAA